GUGGAAACGAAGAAGAGUGUGCGGAGGCGCGGCAUGUUGGUUACGUGACAGGUUUUGUAAUAUAUUACUUUUCUUCUGAAUAACAGCGCAGGUUUAUCUGUGAGCUCGGGAUCAUGAUGCUGCUCAGGCUCGUCAUGUGUCGCUGUCAGGCGGGGAAAAACUUACAGCAGAUACAGCGGACUCCUCUGCGGCAGUGGCUGUUGCAGCGAGGACAGAAUACUGUGAGCUCCAGUGCAGCAUCCGUGGGGUCAGUCUCCAUCCGCAGCGCCGCCUCAGACCGGCUGAUCGGCCGCUGGCUGCUGGGCUGCAGUGGGCUGGUGCUGGGGGCCGUGGUGCUGGGCGGAGUCACCAGACUGACCGAGUCUGGGCUCUCCAUGGUGGACUGGCAUCUGGUGAAGGAGAUGAAGCCGCCGCAAACACAAGCCGAGUGGGAAGAAGAGUUCGCAAAGUACCAGCAGUUCCCAGAGUUCAAAAUCAUGAAUCAUGACAUGACCCUGACAGAGUUUAAGUUCAUCUUCUACAUGGAGUGGGGUCACCGCAUGUGGGGUCGUCUGGUGGGAUUAGCUUACAUUCUGCCUGCUGCGUAUUUCUGGAGGAGAGGAUACUUCAGCCGCUCCAUGAAGACUCGUGUUUUGGGCCUGUGUGGCUUUGUCGUCUUCCAGGGUCUUCUGGGAUGGUACAUGGUGAAGAGCGGUCUGGAGGAGAAGCCAGAGUCCUAUGAUGUUCCCCGGGUCAGUCAGUACAGGCUGGCAGCUCAUCUGGGCUCUGCUCUGCUGCUGUACGCCGCCAGCCUCUGGACGGGACUCAUACUGCUGCUUCCCGCCAACAGGAUGCCGGACAGCAGACGACUGCUCAAUCUCAGGAGGUUUGCCAAGACGACUGGAGGUCUGGUGUUCCUCACUGCUCUCUCAGGGGCUUUUGUUGCUGGUCUGGACGCAGGCUUGGUUUAUAACUCUUUCCCGAAGAUGGGCGAGCGCUGGAUCCCGGAUGACCUCUUAGCUUUUUCUCCAGCGCUCAAGAACGUCUUUGAAAACCCCACAACAGUGCAGUUUGACCACCGCAUUCUGGGCAUCGGCUCUCUGACCGCCAUCACCGGACUCUACCUGUUCUCCAGACGAAUGAUCCUCCCCAGAAGAGCCAAAAUGGCCAUCAGCUGCCUCACCGCCAUGGCUUACACACAGGUGGUGUUGGGCAUCAGUACUCUUCUCCUGUAUGUUCCCACUCCGCUGGCAGCAACUCAUCAGUCCGGCUCUGUGGCUCUGCUCACCUUUGCCAUCUGGGUCCUGGCAGAGCUCAGAAAGGUGCCCAAAUAGAAGCCAGACUCCAUUUAACUCUGUAAUUACAGAUAUUUUAAUAAAUUAUGCUUUGGCUUGCCAUGGAUGGAGAGCUACAUGUUGUGCUUCUGCAUUUAUAUGAAGCGCACAAACACAGUGCGUCUUUGUAAAAGACAUUGAACUCUUUAAAUGACUCUUUUUGUUUCUUUCAUAUUUAAUUUUUUUAUUUGUACAUAUUUGUUUUGGAAAGAAAUGCACUGUUUUACUCUUUGUCAACUAAAUAAAAU